AUGUCCCGCCAGUGCGCCACGAGGAGCCAGGGCAGAGCUGCCCCCAGCGCCGCCUCUGCCUUCCUGCCACCCGCCUGCAGCCCCUGCCUGCGCCCUGCAGCCCGGGCUGGGGGCCCUGGGGGCUCCCCUGGCUGCGGAAGGGCCCCUGGAGGGUUUGGAAGCAGGAGCCUCCACGGCCUCGGCGGGUGCCAGAGGAUCGCCCUGCCUGGGAGAGGCGGCGCCUUCCGCGGACCUGCAGGUGCUGGUGCUGGUGCUGGCACCUCCUGCGGGCUUGGAGGGGCACUUGCUGGUCCCUUUGGGUUUGGGGGUGGCCCUGGAUUCCCUGCUGUCCCAGCUGGGGGCAUCCAUGAGGUGUCAGUCAACCAGAGCCUUCUGAAGCCGCUCGCCCUGGAGAUUGACCCCGACAUCCAGAGCGUCCGUAGGGAGGAGAAGGAUCAGAUUCAAACCCUCAACAAUAAAUUCGCCUCCUUCAUCGACAAGGUCCGAUUCCUUGAACAACAAAACAAGGUCCUGGAGACCAAGUGGGCCCUUCUGCAAGAGCAGGGCAACAAAACAGUGAGAAAGGACAUUGAGCCCCUCUUUGAGACUUACCUGAACAACCUCAGGAGGCACCUGGGCAGCCUCAUGACAGACAGGGAGAACCUGGGAGGGGAGCUGAGCAAGAUGCAGAGCCUGGCUGAGGACUUCAAGAACAAGUACGAAGAGGAGCUGAGCAAGCGCGCGGCCGCCGAGAGCGACUUGGUGGCCCUGAAGAAGGAGGUGGACACUGCCUACCUGGACAAGACAGAGCUGCAGGCCAGGCUGGAUUCCCUCACAGAGGAGAUCGACUUCCUCAGAGCCCUCUACGAAGCCGAGCUGUCCCAGAUGCAGACCCAGAUCUCGGACACCUCUGUGGUUCUCACCAUGGACAACAGCCGCAGCCUGGACCUGGACAGCAUCAUCUCGGAGGUGGAGGCACAGUACGAGGACAUCGCCACCCGCAGCCGCGCCGAGGCCGAGGCCUGGUACCAGAGCAGGUACGAGGAGCUGCAGGCCACGGCUGGCAGGCACGGGGACGACCUCAGGAGCACCAAGCAGGAGAUCUCGGAGCUGAACCGCCACGUGCAGCGGCUGCGGUCCGAGAUCGACAGCGUGAAGAAACAGGUUGCUGGGCUGCAGACAGCCAUUGCUGAUGCAGAACAACGUGGGGAGCUGGCCCUGAAGGACGCCAGGGCCAAGCUGGAGGAGCUGGAGGCUGCCCUGCAGAAAGCCAAGGCUGACAUGGCCCGGCAGCUCCGCGAGUACCAGGAGCUCAUGAACGUCAAGCUGGCCCUGGACAUCGAGAUCGCGACCUACAGGAAGCUGCUGGAGGGCGAGGAGAGCAGGCUCUCUGGGGAAGGUGCUGGCUCAGUGAACAUCUCUGUGACCAGAACCACUUCAGGAACAGGAUAUGGGAGUGGGAACUGCCUGAGCUUCAGUGGUGGGGCUGCAGGUGGAGUCUGUGCUGGACUGGGAACAGGCUCCAUCUCCGGAGCUGGACACAGCUCAGGUGGCUCAGGCACGGUCGGAGGCAGCAGCUCCAGCAGCUCUUCCAGCAGGAGAUGUUAUUGA